GACCUGCUGCGACUGAUCAAGGAACUGGCGAAAUACGAGGAUAUGGAGGACCAAGUGGUGCUAACCGAGAAAGAACUGCUUGAGGAUGGUUUUGGCGAGCACCCUUUCUACCACUGUCUGGUUGCAGAAGUGCCCAAAGAACAGUGGUCAUCUGAAGAACACAGCAUUGUGGGCUUUGCCAUGUAUUACUUCACCUAUGAUCCGUGGAUUGGAAAACUGCUGUAUCUUGAAGAUUUCUAUGUGAUGGCCGAGUACAGAGGACUUGGCAUUGGAUCAGAAAUUCUGAAGAACUUGAGUAAGGUUGCUGUGAAGUGCCGCUGCAGCAGUAUGCACUUCCUUGUUGCGGAGUGGAACGAACCAUCCAUCAGGUUCUACAAGAGAAGGGGUGCCUCUGAUCUGUCCACUGAGGAAGGGUGGAGGCUCUUCAAGAUAGACAAAGAAUACCUCUUGAAGAUGGCAACAGAAGAGUGAAAAGAUCAUUCCAGCAAAUAAAAUCUGUCUACAGAUACUUGCGCUCUCUGAAUAAACUCCUUGCUUUCUGUGUACAGUUUGUAGUGGAAUAAAGUAGUGUGGAUGCUAAUCCUGAAAGUGCUACCUAUGCAGAUGUGGUCAUAGAAUAAUUGAUACUGUGAUCAGCAGUUGAGGCAUCUCUAAAGCCAUGUAUGUGCUUGUGUGCAUCCUUUACCAGUGUGGGCUUGUAGUCUUUGUAUAUGGAAACUUCAUUCUUGUAAGUGUCAUUCAAAUGUGUACAAUGUACACACUGGUAGGGUUUGUUUUAAUUAUUGCCUUUUAUAAAAAUAAAUAGUGGUUUCACUUCA